CAGCAACUUGAAGGAAGAACUCAACCUCGGACUCCUUCCAUUCACUCCACUUGGUCUCCCUCGAAGCAGGGCCAAACCCUCCGAAGCGGUUCAACCUGCCGGCGCUAACGAGGUGUUCAGGAAAGAAGGGCAACGAAAAUCGAACACACCUGUGUCGUGCGAGGGCCGCAAUCUGGGAGCCUGGUGACCGUGUUUUCAGGCGGUCGCUUUCCCGAAGUGAUUCUCCCGCGUUCGAUCAUCAGGGGAUGAGUGUCACCACCUCGGUGUGCCAGGCCGGGCGGGAUGUGGCUUCUCGUUCAUUGUCCCGAACCCAGAGCGUCUCUCACGUCUCGCCCCCGUUUGGAGUUUGGGAAACGAGCUGUGGAAUUUCGAGUGUCGCCGACUCUCACAUGCCGGAAACUUUCUCCGUCGUCGGUGUCGCUUAUAAAACACGUCCGUGCAGCUCGGCUCGACUGGCGCCAAGGGGAGCGCCGAGAAAUGAGGCGUCUGUCACCAUUCUCUGUUGGCCAUCUUCCACAGAUGAGACGAUGUCACAACGCGAGGGCAGGGCAGGUUUUGCUCGCUCAAUCAUACGCGCUCGGUUUCGCAGCCAUGAUGCGUGGCAUUCGCCAGGAUGCUGUGUGCCGCCUUUGUGCCGCCACGAGACAGCUGUUUCACAGGAUCCAGUCCGGUGGGACAGCAAGAGAAAGGGAAGACAUAUUACACGAGAGAACGAGAAACGUGGUUGCUGGUGGGGCAUCGGUCGGCUCACGCAGCCGGCUCAUCUCGACGCUCGAUUGGGACACAGGCGACUGAAGGAGCCCUCCUUCAGGGCCAGGAGAAUGCAACCACACCCGGGUCUUCAGCGAGGGAAUCAUGCAACCGGGUGGGGCGUCCCUCCUGGCCCCCGGAAUGAACGGCUCGACGGAUGGGUCGUCGAGAGCCUGGUGUCGAUUUUGCCCGAUCGCAAGCAUCAAAAUGGGCAGGUCAGAACGCAGCGAUCAGACAGCAAGCAAUUCAGGGAGCGCAUGAACUGUGCGGUGCGACAUGGCUAUUAUGCAGUACGACACCGGUACCAAAAGAUGGCAUGGUGGUUGGACUCACCAGGGCCCGUGGGACGUCGUGGACAUCCACAGUACCUAUGCACAGGAUCUGGAUGCAGCCCAGAUUCUGGGGUUGACCCCUGAAAACCCGCGUUUUCGGCCCAGUCACGCCCGUCCAAGAUCCGACGACAAGAAAAGCUUGAUAAAAGAAGCAACACUCCCGAGGGCUGUCAUGUUAUGCCUUCCCUGUUCUGCAAAUCCCCGAAUCGACCCUCUUCCCAACCCCAAGUUGCUCGCGGAACCCACGUUGGGACCCCAUGAGGGACCCCAACUCCACGACCGUCGAUCGAGCCCAACACCCCAGGGCCGCCAUCCGCUG